AUGCCAAACAUACGCAACUCGUCUAUGCAUCCCUAUCUGCACCCAAGAGUGCAGUCUCUCCUCGACGACGACCAGUUGAACUUUACUUUUCGGCCUCGGGGCGAGAAGAGCCACCCCAUCAAAUACAAAGACUCCAAUGUCACCGGAAAGUUCCAAUGCGGAAAUAAGAAAUGUGCCAAGAAAUGGAGCAGCAAGUGCAUCGCCAUCGUGAUUCGCCUGUUUCGCGACAACAAGUACACCGUCCUGGUGUAUCAUCAGCGCUGCGAGAGGUGCGACGCUCUUGCCCUGCCAACACUCGAUGAGACAUACGAAGAAAGGGUAGCAAAGUGGCUCAAAAUCUGGAGUGGGAUCAAUGUGCCGAGGGUGCAUCACGAGUCCAAGCAAACGCGGCCUCAUCAUAGGAGCCGCUGCGAGGGCUGCAAGGCCGGUCACUACGGUGAUUUCAUUGAUCCGGCGCUACUGUCAGCUCAGCACUCGCAGGCACAAGCCGACAAUCCCAUGGCCGGCGAGCUCGCAACAGAGAAUUACUCGUACACUCCUCAACCUGAGACGAGUAUGCGAAUGCAACAACAUUCUGCUGGCCAGACAUUGAGCUCAACGAGCGUCGAUGUCGGCGAAGGCUCUUCAUCGGCCACCGCACCCAUUCUUGUGACAUAUGAGCAAGAUCAAUCCGCUUCUGUCAAUCAUAUUUUGCCUUGUGAGAAAGACGGGCGAUUCUACUGCCCAUUCUCCGAAUGCAACGAGAGCUUUGAGAUACGGAGCCUGCUCCAAAAACACGUCAAGAGACACACCAGACCCUUGAAGUGUGAUUAUUAUGCGGAUUGCAAGUUUCGGUCGGCGGAGCAGCGCGAAUUGGACAGACACAUGCAGGUGCACUUGCCCGAGGAGGAAAAGACUGUGUACAAGUGCAAUUAUCAGGGAUGCACAAAGGUUUACUCUCGAUCUGAUAAACUUGCCAAGCAUGAGAAAGACAAGCACUGA